CUUCCCACGUUGAUAAAAGAAACUGUGAAUUUGGCGGCACCACUCCCCCCCACCUCUGAAACUCCUUUUUGUAUCCUUCCUUUCCCUUCUCAUUUUCGUCUUUCUAUAUCCCACCCUAAUUUCUCGGAGUUAAACUUUAAACUUUCCACUAAGCAUGGGCGCUUACAACAACGACGGCGUUUUGUCGCCGAUAUACAGUCUCGGUUCCUCCCACGACGUCAGAAUCUCGAAGCAUGUCCACGACAAUGUCCAUGGCAACAUUUACCUUGAUCCGCUCUCUUUGAAGUUCAUCGAUACCGAGGAGUUUCAGAGGCUUCGUGACCUCAAACAACUGGGAGUUACGCACUUGGUUUAUCCAGGGGGAGUACAUUCCAGAUUCGAGCAUUCGCUUGGUGUCUAUUGGCUUGCUGGUGAAGCUGUUCAGAAGCUAAAAAAUUAUCAGGGCUCGGACCUUGAUAUUGACCGCUUUGAUCUCCAGACCGUAAAAAUUGCAGGACUUUUGCAUGAUGUUGGCCAUGGGCCUUUCAGUCACUUGUUUGAACGCGAGUUUCUUCCCCAAGUUCGGAGUGGUGUCCAUUGGUCUCAUGAGGAUAUGUCAGUGAAGAUGGUUGACCACAUUGUUAAUCAGCAUCAUAUUGAUAUUGACCCUGAGAUGAUUAAAAGAGUUAAGGAGAUGAUACUGGCCAGCUCUGAAUUUGCAAUGCCAAGAAGCUCAAGAGAGAAGCGUUUUCUGUAUGAAAUUGUUGCAAAUGGCCGUAAUGGAAUUGAUGUGGACAAGUUUGAUUAUAUUGUCCGUGACUGCCGCGCUUGUGGGCUGGGAUGUAACUUUGAGUUUCAAAGAUUAAUGGAGACAAUGCGGGUUAUGGAUGAUGAGAUCUGCUAUCGUGCCAAAGAUUAUCUCACUGUCCACAAGUUAUUUGCUACUCGAGCUGAUUUGUAUCGAACAGUUUAUACACAUCCAAAAGUAAAGGCCAUAGAGCUUAUGGUGGUUGAUGCCCUGGUGAAAGCAAAUGAUUAUCUAGACAUUGCCUCUCACAUUGAGGAUCCCUCUCAAUACUGGAAGUUAGAUGACACCAUUAUUAGAACUAUUGAGACAGCUCCAAACGAAGAACUAAAGGAAGCUAGGGACUUAAUCCUGCGGAUUAGGAGGAGAAAUCUUUAUCAGUUCUGCAAUGAGUAUGCUGUACCCAAGGAUAAAAUGGAAAAUUUCAAAAAUGUCACCGCUCAAGAUAUUGUUUGUUCUCAGAAAAAUGGAGUGACAUUGAAGGAGGAGGAUGUUGCUGUUUGCAACGUCAGGAUUGAUUUGACUCGUGGGAGACAUAGUCCUCUUGAAAGUAUCAACUUUUUCCAGGAUUAUGACAGUGAGGAGAAAUUCACUAUACGUGAGGACCACGUUAGUCACUUGCUGCCUACAUCAUAUCAAGAUAUGAUAGUGAGGGUGUACUCCAAAAAGCCUGAGCUGGUUGGAGCAAUUUCUGAGGCUUUUGAAAACUUUCAGUUAAAAACAUAUGGGGUCAAGGCACAAGUACAUGCAACACCAGAGAAAAAGAAACGUCGUAUCUUAUCAUGAAAGAAGGCUCCGUUAUCUAUUAAGUUGGAAUUAUGAGAGUAACUUUUGCCAAUCAAGUUGGAUAUAUUUUGUAUAGGUAUAUGGCCAUUCUCAACUGGGAUUACCACAAGGCGCGAUUUUGUAUACUCCUUCAAAUUAUAUUCGAAAAUAUAAUGAGUGGAACCGCUUUUGAACUCUGUAAUGCUUCUACAAGGUGUUAGGUGUAGUUCAUGCUCCUUCUUUUGUUCAAAUGUGUUCAUGUCGGCAUGAAAUGUACUUUGAAAACUUUUUAUCUUAUGGUUCUGGCAUAUUCUAUAUCA